AUGUUUGUAGACAAUAGGGAACAAGAAGCCGCCACUUGCGAAAGCGAUGUUGAUAAGCGAAUCACAGCUUUGCAAGCUGCUUGGAACGUAACAAAUGCCAUUCAAGGAAUGUUUAUUGUCGGAUUACCUAUCGCUGUCAAGGUUGGCGGUUGGUGGACGAUUGCUGCUUUGGUUGCUGUCGGUUAUAUGUGCUAUUCUACUGGAUUACUGCUUAUAGACUGCCUAUAUGAGAAUAAUAUCAAGGCAUCCAUAACUUUAGUUCGUCAAACAUAUCGCGAUGUGGCUGAAGCUUAUCGACACGGUAUGGGCUGUUUUGUCCUAAUGGCGCAGCUUAUCGAACUGCUUAGCACCUGCAUCAUAUACAUUGUCAUUGCUGCUGAUCUUCUUCAAAGUUGUGUUCCCGCUGUUGGUAUGAAAUUUGAUUUUGAAUUUCUUCAAGCCUGCGUAUUAGAGGUUCAAUUCAUGUGUCUUGACAAACCAGCUUGGAUGAUGUUGGUUACGACAGCUUUACUUGGCUGUUCAUUCUUAGAAUCCCUGCGUGUCGUUAGUCACCUUAGUCUCGCAAAUGCAGUUUCUCAUUUAAUUGUCAAUGCUAUUGUUAUAUUUUAUUGCAUUUCACAAAUAUCUGACUGGGUAUGGAAUGAAGUACCAUUUACUUUGGAUAUCCGCACAAUGCCAACUAUAAUCGGAGUUGUCGUUUUUGGUUACACUUCACAUAUAUUUCUUCCAUCGCUUGAGGCAUCAAUGCAGAAUCCGAGUGAAUUCAAAUGGAUGUUGAAAUGGUCGCAUAUAAUCGCUGCAAUAUUCAAAGCUAUUUUUGGCUUAUUUGGAUUUCUUACUUUUGGUGAAUUAACACAAAAAGAAAUAUCAAAUUCAUUGCCAAAUCAAUCAUUUAAGAUCAUAGUUAACACAACUCUUGUAAUAAAAGCAUUACUAUCGUAUCCAUUGCCUUAUUUUGCGGCAGUUCGACUUAUUUCUGAGAAUUUUUUUCGUGGAACCAAACAUACACUCUUUACAAGUUGUUAUGGAAUGGGAAAUACGAUUCGAGAAUGGGCUUUAUGCUUGCGGAUUCUUUUAUUGCUCUUCACGUUAUCAACAGCUCUAUCCGUUCCGUAUUUAAUCGAAUUGAUGGGUCUUAUCGGCAAUAUCACUGGCACAAUGCUUAGUUUCAUAUGGCCUGCUCUAUUUCAUUUGAAGAUUAAAGCUGCUAAAUUAUCAAAUCAAGAGAAACGAUUUGAUUAUAUAAUUAUCACAGCUGGUUUAUCUAUAAUGAUAAUAGGGGUCUAUUACUCAGCUAUUGAACUUGCCAUAGCUGUUAAGUAUGGAGAACCAUAA